AAGAAGCAGCAGUAGCAGCGCUCGAGUCUCGACCGUAACUCACAUCACACCAAGACGCAUUCAGGCAAUUAAAGAAGUGAUGCUCCACAUUGCAAUGUUUAUACCGUCAGUCUCAUCCUUCGCAGUAGACACGCCGGAGCUGCAAUGAAGGCAGGGGCCUCGUCCAUGUGGGCUUCAUGCUGUGGUCUGCUGAAUGAAGUCAUGGGUACUGGGGCCGUCAGAGGCCAGCAGCCAGGGUUCGGAGCCGGUGCUGGACCCUUCAGAUUUGCCCCCAGUGCGGGAUACUCCACAUACCCCCCCACCAGCUCAGGGAGUCCCAGUCUUGUAUGCAAGGCCUGUGGUCAGGCCUUCUCAGUCUUCAGGAGGAAGUAUAUUUGCUGCGACUGCAAGAAGAGCUUCUGCUCAUUGUGCUCCGUGCUUCAGGAGAAUCUGCGCAUUUGUGCCACAUGUCAUUUGCUGAAGGCAACAGCUUUUCAGCGGCCACGGCUCAUGCGCCUACGAGUCAGGGACCUGCGUCAGUACUUGUUGCUCCGUAACAUCCCCACCGAUACCUGCAGGGAAAAAGAAGAUCUGGUGGACUUGGUGCUUUGUCACCAAGGCAUUGAGGAAGAGGACGACCAUGACACGGGCAGCCUCCACUCGCGUUCCCUGUAUACGCCGACCCCUUCCACCACACAAUCAGCCUCAGAGCUGUCUGCUUUUGUCGCCUCUCAGGAGGAGCAGCUCAGCAGGAGUGAUAGCUCUGAUACCAACCAGGAUAUUGGCGAUGCCACAUCUGUGUCUCUCUUAAACCUGGACCCCAGUGAACACACUCCUGAGGUCAGUCCUCAGACGCGACGUCGGGCCAGGGCUUCUCUCUCGGACAUCUCCAGCUUGAGGGACAUCGAGGGCCUGUCUGUCAGGCAGCUGAAGGAGAUCCUGGCCAGGAACUUUGUAAACUAUUCAGGGUGCUGUGAGAAGUGGGAGCUGGUGGAGCGUGUCAGCAGACUGUACAGGGAGACGGAGGAGAACAGGAAAUCAUUGGAAAAUGUGAGCAGUACUGUAACCACAGUGGUGGCCUUCCCCCCUCCUAUCUGCAAUGGCGCCAUCGGAGACGGCGAGAAGGGUCCGCUGACGAUCCACGACGACAACCUCUGCAGAAUCUGCAUGGACGCUAUGAUUGACUGCGUUCUCCUGGAGUGCGGUCACAUGGUCACCUGCACCAAGUGCGGGAAGAGGAUGAACGAGUGCCCGAUCUGCAGGCAGUACGUCGUGAGGGCCGUGCAUGUAUUCAAGUCCUAAUGCACCCCUGCAACACCGCAGCACCUGCUUCAGAGCAGCAGCUCAGACUGAGACUGUACCUUAAAUCAACCAUGCAGCUCAUAACCCUCGAUUCCCCAAAAGACUUUUUUUUUGUGGAUGUUCCAUGUUUGUAUUCCCCAAACUCUCACAUUAUUUGCACAUUGAAAUAUUAUGAGAAACGUGUUUUUCUUAAGAAUUUGACUUCAGUUUCACCAGUGGGCAGAGCGUAGGAUCGUACCCUCCUGAGUCAUUCCUCAAGUAAACAUAUCUCUAAUCCGUGUUCAUUCCUAAGUGUCUGUUUUGCUUUUCUUACAGUUUUUCAAAGCAAAGAAUGUGUGGCACUCAGCCACGUGCAGUCCUGUUAAACACAACUCAUCACCCUCAGAUCUGCCUAUAAACUGUAGCUUAAGAGCACAUCUCUUCACAACUGCUGCAACUAACUACAUAUCUUAGUAACACCGAGGCUAGGUGCACACUGGACCUCGCAACAGGAGAGAGGGCGAAUGAACAAGGUGCCAAAUAAUGGGUCAUGCCCUUAUGCUUCUCACCCAUUUUUUCCCCUCUCAACUGUGUGGGUCAGUGUGCGGCUGUUGGUUUCUCAGCACGUCUUAACAGAAAGCACUUUGUUCACACUGUGUGUUGAUGCACCACUGCUCACAACCCACUGCAAACUGUGACAACGGUGGCUGAGGUAGCACGUGUACUAAUUAAUUCUUGAGUACUUAAAGGUUAACUUUGGUAUUUUUCAGCCUGGACCCAAUUUUCUCAUGUUUCUGUGUGUAAGUGAGUAAUGGGAACAACAGUUUUUGAAAUUGAUCUGGUAUUGAGCGACUGACAGCGCUGAAACAGGCUGCAGUAUAACCACUCAGGGCAUGUGAGCACCCUCAAUUUACGUCCACUAAAAGUGCUUAUUUUGCCACUGACAGGCUCAGGUUAUUAUUAUUCUAAGUGUCUGACAACAUUAUGGAAAGGAUCUCGAGAGAGAGAGACAGACCUUUUGUUUAAGCAGGAAUAGCCCCAAAAUCGCCAUCACCAAACCCACCAGACUCUUAUUUAAGUAAGAAGUAAUUUAAUCAUUGUAAAACCCACCUCAUUCAAAGUAAAUAGAAACAAAUAAAACUCGGUUCGUCUUUUCACUUUUCCAACAAUCACCAAUUCUGGUUUUGUUGAAACAAACAGUUAAUUCACCCAGUUAGAUGUGAAAAUAUACUGGUUCUAUACAUGGUGAAAUUAAAUGGAGUCCGGUGGGUUUCGCGAUUGCAGGGCUGUUUCUGGUUAAACAAAAAGGAUCGUGUUCUUUAACGAAAAGGUCUAUCUCUAUAGGUAACCUUUCCAUAAUAAUGUCAUACACCUAAAAUAACAAUCUGAUCCUGUCAGUGGCAAAAGUAACCACUUCUACUGGAUGCAAAUUGACGGUGCUUAUUGGUCCCGAGUGGUCACAUUGCAGUCUGUUUCGUGGCCGCCAGCUGCAGUUCUCUGACUGAACACUAUGGGAAUUUCAAGAAAUAUUAUUCCCUUUUAUUCCCUUUACUCACUUGAAAACAAAAAAAUGGGUAAAUUGGGUGCAGGUUUAAAACACCAAAAUUACCCUUCAAGCUUGACUGGUGAUAUUUGGAAGGUUACUAACUUAGAAAUCACUGAUCUUGUGUUUUCUUUUCAAGUGAAACUCAGUGUUACUCAGUCUACAAAUGAGCAGGUCCUCUGCCGCUGUGACUUGAGGAUAUUGCUAAUUGAUGUUGGUGAUUGAUGAUGAAGUUGAUGCAUUAUUGAUUAUAUUUACUUGUUUUGUUAUAGAAGCGCAUAUUGUAAUGCAUUACACAUUGAAAUAGUCAUACAAAGUCUGUCAUUACAGCAAUAGCUAACAUCCGCUGUCACCUCUGUCUCUGCACUUGAGUGGAGACAAAAGACAAAAACCGGUGCUAACUCAUCCAACCAUCUUCCCCGUUCUCCAGCUGAACUGUGGAUGUGAAACUCUGAAUGUUUUUGUUUUAUUUUUGUUUUGUCGUAUAUUGUUGGGAGUGGAAUGAAGUGUCUUAAUGCUUUUCAGUUGAUUUUCUUCUUAUGUAGGAGUAAUGUAUUGAACUAACUAUUCAAAGACAUAGCUACAAGUUUACUGACACCUGUGGUAUAGAAAGUAUAUAGAAAUAAUGACUUGGUAAUGUACAUUUGCAUAUAAUGAUCCAUAUGAGAUGUAUAUAUCUAUAUUUUUUCCAUUUGAUUUAAAUUGUGUAAUAUCAGAUUAUUGAAAUCUCCCUGGGAUUGGGUUAGGUUAUUAUUACAGAGUUCUGUUUUCCUGUCAAGUGGUUUUAAAAAAAGUGUGUUUAAUCUGCAUAGGUUUGCUUGAACUAUCUGUCCCUCUUGAACCAGAGCAUGAUGAGAACCUGUAUGACACCAGUUACAUUACUACCCUCAUCUUCUCCACCUAUAAAACGUCCCUGUUUUAUUUUCUUUCACCCCAAUCAUGCUCAUUUCGAAGUCUCCAGCUCUGAACUGUACCCACACAAAGUCAACAUUGCUGCUAUUACAGUAAAGAUGUCCCCUACAAUCAUGAACAGUAGCUGAGCAGGUUGCACUUUUCCUUUUAGAGAGGGUGUAAUUGUGUGCAAGGUUUGGUCUUUGUAUUUGGGAAUGUUGAACUUUUUAUUUUGGUAAUUAAAGAUUUUAAUUAAA